CCAGAGGAGCGCGGAGGAAAAGCUUGGAGAGCGGCGCGCGGGGAAGCAGAAGCGCGCGGUGCGUCUGCAAGCGAGGCGUCCUGAGCGGGAACUCGGGGGAAAAGAGCGCGAGGAGCAGGCGAAGGAGGCUGGCAACUUGGCGCGCUUGACCGACGGCAACGGUGCUGGAGAGAGAGGCGCCACCCCUCUCGCCGCUCCUCUCUGACUGCCUCUAGAAGGAAAAAGUGAGCGGGAAAGGAGCGCGUCGGAAAGGCGGGAAAGCUGAGAGAGCGCGAGCGGGAAGCGUCGCCAUGCACUUCGGAGACGGUGCCGGCGGUUCCCCCGCCUGGGGAGCGCCGUCGUCCGCCUGGAACGCGAGCGAGGCGGAGGAAUCGGGCGGCAGCGCCGAGCCUCCCCGGUCCGGCGGCGGCGGCGGCGCCAACGGGAGCAGCAGCAACCGCUACGGGCGGGACGAGGAGCUGGCCAAGCUGGAGGUGGCCGUGCUGGCCUUGACGUUCGCCUUGGCGGUGCUGGGCAACUCCUUCGUGCUGCUGGCGCUGCACCGGACCCCUCGCCAGAAGACGUCGCGCAUGCACCUCUUCAUCCGCCACCUGAGCCUGGCCGACCUGGCGGUGGCUUUCUUCCAGAUCCUGCCGCAGCUGUGCUGGGACGUGACGCACCGCUUCCACGGGCCCGACGGGCUGUGCCGCGUGGUCAAGCACCUGCAGGUCUUCGGCAUGUUCGCGUCGGCUUACAUGCUGGUGGUGAUGACGGCCGACCGCUACAUCGCCGUGUGCCACCCGCUCAAGACGCUGCAGCAGCCCAGCAAGCGCUCCCGCUGCAUGAUCGCGGCCGCCUGGGCGCUCAGCUUCGUGCUCAGCCUGCCGCAGUACUUCAUCUUCUCGCUGCGCGAGGUGGAGAGCGGCUCGCAGGUCUACGACUGCUGGGCGCAGUUCGUCAUGCCCUGGGGGCCGCGCGCCUACAUCACCUGGAUCACGGGCAGCAUCUUCGUGGCGCCCGUCGUCAUCCUGGUCACCUGCUACGGCUUCAUCUGCUACCACAUCUGGAGCAACGUCCGCGACAAGACCCGACGGCGGCAGAGGCGGGAGGCGGCUCCUCCUCGAGGGGGCGCCCUGCGCAAGGGGCUGCUCCUCACGCCCUGUGUCAGCAGCAUCAAGAACGUCUCCCGCGCCAAGAUCCGCACCGUCAAAAUGACCUUCGUGAUCGUCUCGGCUUACAUCGUCUGCUGGGCGCCGUUCUUCACCGUCCAGAUGCGCUCCGUCUGGGAAGACCACUCCAACUGGCAUGAGUCAGAAGACAUUUUAAUUACUGUCACUGCCCUUUUGGCCUGCUUGAACAGUUGCUGCAACCCAUGGAUCUACAUGUUCUUUAGUGGGCACCUCCUGCACGACUUCAUACGGAGCCUCCUGUGCUGUCAGAAAACUGGGCAGAGGCUGAAUAAAGAAGAUUCCGAGAGCAUCAGCAGAAGACAUACUACUUUCACCAACAACAGAAGCCCGACAAACAGUUUGGACAUGUGCAGAAAAUCUCCAGAUUUAGCACAGUCCAUUAGGUCCAUCCCCAUUACAUCCUGAAGCGUAUAUUUUAAAAACUGGCGUCCCAUUGAUUUCCAGAAUAGCACUUUUAGCACUUUAGCCAUUCGUUACCAUGUGACCCAUGAACUAACAAGAUGAGGGUAACUUUUUUGAAAAACAACAACGCAAAUAUGAUGGUUUUGCAUCAAUGUAAAUAAAGUUUGUAAGUCAAUCUAUUAAAAAGUAUAGGAAUAUAUAUGUUCAAUGAAAAAGAAGGGAAACAGUAAUGCGUGUAAAUAUUUUUCUACAAAGCUACAGUAUUAACUUCACAUUUGUUUGUUUGUUUGUUCUCAGACUCAAUUAAGUAUAAAUUAAAUGCAGUGUGACUGUAAAUGCAGUUGGUACUUCAAAACAGUAAAAAAAUAAUUGCCCAGAUCCUUGGUUGGAAUACAGUCCUGGGCACCGUUUACAUGUAGCUCUCAGAAACAAGUGAGCCUGACAUAUGUAACCUGAGCACAGGACUGCAAUGUUGGCGCAUUAGGUAUAGCUUCAUGGUUGGUGCCGUUGAAUGGUAGCAUUUGCAAAACAAAGCAAGUGAAGUCCUGAACUGAAAUCUGUAGACGAAAUUAAUAGUUCUUGGUUGAGGAACAUCCUGAUACUAUACCAAUGUAGCCCCACAAAAUUAAGGACAUUUGACUAAGUGUAGACUAAAUCUAUGGCUGCCUUUUUACCCAAAUCCUGUGAGAAACAAUGAGAUCUAAGUGAAUUGGAUUUUUCUAGAUGAUACAAUAGGAUGCACAUGGAACCUCCAGCUAAUACACGCUUUCUCAUUUAGUGUCAGGGGAAACACUUUGUAGUGGUGAGAGGGGGAAAGAGUGGUAAUAUAGGGUGUAUACUGGGAAACGGUUGCAUGUAUUGCAUCCACUGUGAGCAUCAGAAUUCCUUCUCUUUCAAGAAGCCUAUAGGCGCUCUCUCGCUCUCGCUCUCUGUGUGUGUGUGUGUGUGUUCAAUCCCUGCUUAUAAUGGGCUUUGGAAAUGUUUUAAAGAACUCAAAAUGUUGACAGGGUCCACAAAAGAACGGUAAUAUCUUCCUCAAAAAGUUUCAAGUCAACGUUGCUAAUGCUGAUUUGCUUCUUGCACCCCUGAACAGACUAUACACAGAUAGUCCAUUCAGAGGGCCUGAUAAAAGGCAGGAUCAUGUGGUUGGCUUGAAGGCACUCAUAAGAUGGCGGUGCCCUCUGAUCUCUUUCUAGAUUUUAGUGUGGAACACAGUUUUAUUUAGGAAAGCAGCUGAGGCCUGCAUGAUUGAAUUAAUAUCAGGUGGGGCUGUUCAACUACCGUAUUUUUCACUCUAUAAGACGCACCAGACCACAAGACGCACCUAGUUUUUGGAGGAGGAAAACAAGAAAAAAAUAU